CCACCCACAACACGCGAACAGACAUGGAUAAUCUCAGACCACACGCUCAACCCGGACGGCGUCUACCGCCCUAUGACACUCAUCAACGCCACCUUCCCGGGCCCAUUGAUUGAAUGCAAUGAAGGCGACGAAAUCGUUGUGCACAUCUAUAAUCACGCCAGCAACGCAACAUCUAUCCACUGGCAUGGCCUGUAUCAAAACGAGACAAACUGGAUGGACGGCACAGUAGGCAUAACACAAUGCCCUAUUGCGCCUGGCCAUUCAUUUACCUAUCGGUUCCGCGUCUCGGGCCAAUCGGGGACGUAUUGGUACCACUCACAUGCCAGUAUGCAAGCAUCGGAUGGACUAGUUGGUCCGCUGAUAAUCCACGGGCGGAGCGAGGGGGAAUCAUUGCAAAAGAUGGAGUAUACCCAAGAUCGUGUGGUCAUGCUUUCAGAUCACUACUAUGAUAGUUCUUCAGUCUUGCUGCAGCGAUACCUGGCACCUGGAAACGAAAACGACGAGCCUGUUCCGCAAGCUGCGCUUAUCAAUGGACGCGGAAAACGCAAGUGCAAUGACUUGCCGGGCAGAGAAUGCGAUGCUACGGACCGGCGUAACGCGGUGUUUAAUGUCUCCCCGGAGACUAGGACGAGACUUCGCGUUAUCAACGUUGGUGCAUUCGCAGAGUUCGCGCUGCAGAUUGAUGAGCAUGAGGUGUUUGUUACAGAAGUCGAUGGCGCGGAUGUUGUACCGAUGGGAAUUCACCGCUUGAACAUUAGUCCUGCACAACGGUAUAGCAUCAUUCUUACUCCACCGAAGCAAGAGCAAGGAAACAAAGGAGAAUAUUGGAUCAGAGCGAGGAUGGUUACGCACUGCUUCGCAUACGAAGAACCCGAGUUACAAGAGGAAGUCCGAGCCGUGCUAUCUUACUCUCCCUCCCUUAACAUAGGCAACGACCAAGCUCCAGCACCAGAAAGCAAAGACUGGCCGGAGAUAAUUGACGUCGAAUGCCGCGACCUAAACACCUCCCUCCUCGUCCCCACCAUCCCCAUCGCGGCACCCCCCAUCGACCCGGACCACACGCUCUACCUACGCUCCUCAUUCCAAACCCGUGAGUGGCGCCUGACCCGAGGCUAUCUAAACGACAGUUCCUUCCGAAUAAACAGCACUGCGCCGCUUCUUCAAACCCUGCUUUCCUCCUACGCCACCACCACCAACAGCACAGAAACACCACAAGAUGGCCUUUCACCCUUAGUAUCCUCAGAAAAGCAACUAACAUACCAAACCACCUCCCCCACAUCAACAAUUACCCUCCUAAUCCAAAACUUCGACGACGGAGCCCACCCUUUCCACCUCCACGGCUACAAAUUCUUCGUACUAGCUCAAGGACAUGGGUAUCCUCCUUCUCCCCUCCACGAGCAAAAUUUCGACAUGACGAAUCCGCUAAGAAGGGAUACGGCGAGCGUAGAGGCGUACGGGUGGAUGGUUAUCAGUUUUGUGGCAGAUAAUCCGGGAGUGUGGGCGUUUCAUUGCCAUAUUGGAUGGCAUAGUGAGGCGGGGCUUAUGAUG